AUGGAUAGAAUGGAUCAACAAAACGGAACUUCUCGUUCAAAUUCUGUUCCUCCUCCACCUCAUCAAGAGGUUUCAUCUAGUAGCAAUAAUCAUCCUUACAGUUCUCGAAAAGAACGUUCUCUAUCACCUCGCGGUGGCACUUACAGACGCUCUUACUCUCCUAGAAGAAGAACCCCUUCUCCUAGUAGAGGAGGUUAUCGUAAUGGAAGAGAAGAUAGAUAUAGAGAGGAUCGUUAUACUAGAGAAGAUAGAUAUGAUCGUGGAUACGGUGGUAGAGGUGGUGGUUAUAGGGAAGAACGAGGAUACCGCGAUUAUCCUUCUUACACCUCUGAAAGAAGAGGUCCUCCAAGGAGGAGUAAACCAAUAGAUCGUGGGUCAGACAAAGAAAGACGUGACUCAACUACGCUUUAUGUGGGUAAUCUUCCAUAUGCUUUUCGUGAACAAGAUGUAGCUGACAUGUUCGAACGAUAUGGUCGUUUACGAAAAGUGACAGUUCAGAUUGACCAUUAUACCGGAAGAAACAAAGGGUUUGCUUUUGUUGAAUUCGAGGACAGAAGAGAUGCCGAAGACGCAUUUGAUAAAUACAAUGGAACCAAUGUCGAGGGUCGACGACUAAAACUUGAUUGGGACAUUGGUCUUAAUAAAAAGGACCAACAUCGUAGAGAAAAAUAUGGUACACCCAAUGACUAUGGUCGUUCGGCAGAUCCUUAUGGACGCGGUGCUUCGCCUCUUGGAUUACGUGCUUUUAGUCCAAACUACAGAACAGGUGGUGCUCGUUCUCCCAGUCCUACUUAUCGUCGAUGA